AUGCCCAACAAAUUGAAUGGUUACGGUAGGAGAAAUGGCAAGUCAGAUGCUGCUGACGAUUCUCCCUCUGCUCGAGACGCCGAAAACAACGCCUCUUUUGUUUAUGAGUAGCUGGUAAGACCUUCGAUUCAUUCGACUCUUCGCAUUCGUUUUUCUCGAAUGUUUUCGGUGCUUGCUCUACGAUCUCUUUCUGAUUGCCAGGAACAUUCCCUGCAACUGAAGGGCAACUUUUGCCUUUUGCUUGUGGUCAUUGUUCGGACAUUCUUCUACAUUCUGGUUUUAUGGGGAUUUUUGUCUUGUUGGAAGCCCAUUUAUGAAAUUCGUUAGCAACCUCUGUGUCGUUAACUUAGCUCUAAGUAGAAUCAUACUUUUCUAAAUUUCCCUUCAGAAUAUUCCAGUUUUAUUGUGCUUGAACUUCAAUGCAUCAUAUUGGAUGCAUCUAGACCAAUUCUUUCACAUAGAAAAUUAUACUCUUAGCGUGACUUAGGUCUGUGUCGCUGGUGCGUUUUCAUUGGUAUGCAUCACCAGGGCGUCAUUAAUUCUAUCUAUCCUGUCUGAAUUCGUUCAUUCUACCUGACUCACCUGGAAAUCAGCUCUUGGUGUCCACCUAAUAACGUUUUGGGAAGGACGAGGUGCCAUUUCGUCAAUUCAGAUGGAGUUGGAUUUAAAGGAAUACCAGAGAAGUACACGACUCAACGUUGGAACAAUCUUGCCGAAACCGCUGAUUCUUUCACAUUGUUCCCCAAUGUGGGGUGCUUCUGGUCCACAUCGUCCUGUAUUUCAAAGAAUUGUGAACGAACUUUACAGCCCCGUAUUUGAUUUUACGUGUGAAUUUGUCCGCCUAGGUGACAUUUUUCCAAUUAACCUUCUGGACAGUAUUCUUAGAAAUUGAAAUCCACCGUCUGUGUAUGAUAGAUGCUGGUUUUUCUAUGACUGCCUGUAAGGUGUUGACGUAGGAAACAUUUGGCAGCAGAUGUGGCUUAAUAUCCCACCGCAAAAUCUUGUAUCGUUUACUUUGAUGCUAUCAUCAACUCUAAAUCGUCCUAACCCUUCGAAAGUUUAUAGAAGCUUGAGGUUUAUUGUAAGGGGAGCUAGGGUACUCUGGCCAAAAGUUCUUUUCCCCGAAUUCGGUGAUCAAUUAAGUAGGUGUCGGUGUGUAAAGCACAGACAGCCGUCAUCUCUGGCGUCUGUUUGGUCUGUCCGAUUAUAACAAAAGCCGACAACAUGUGCAUCCUAUCUGUAGUGUUCAAUGGCUAGACAUAUAUUCCAUGCAUACGCCAGAAGUCCUUGACCACCGGUGUCCGAGGUGACUUCCAUAAAAAUGCGUUAAGUGAGUGUCGUCUUUCACCUGAAUUGUUUUUUGUGUGCUGAACACGCCCUUUAUGCACCUACCUCAUCACUCCAGCUCACUCUGAUUGCAAAGCUAUUGCUGGCGGAAAGACCACGAUUUGAAUACCAAUUAUAAAACUUGGCUCGGACCGUCGCCCAGUGGGACCGAAUGCACCCAAAUUCGCCGACAGGCAAACGGCGUUCUACCGUUAACCCGAAACUUUAUCGGACACCGAAGCCAAGACGCGGCUUUCUUCCUCAUACUUUCUGCAACUUCUAAAAAAUGUGAAACCCCUGGUAUUUUGCUGUUUGCUGAGUAAAAGCAUAAGCACCGGCCUCACUCAUAUUCGGGCUUCCAUUGUGUGAUAGAGAUAGUCAUGGCAGCCUACUUAAAAAGCUCGUAUACUUUUCAAACUAAAUAUACGAACAGUCAUCCUAUCUUGUCGUAGCUUUUCCGGGCCUAAGUUAUACUGCAUUUAGCAGACACAUUUACGAAAGCCUCCCGUUUCUUGGGAAUAACUGACCCUACAUUAACUGUGUUUCCUUAAUGCGAAGAACGCAUCCUAGCACAAACUCUGGGUGUUUAUGAACCCAGACUCAGCACUGGUUGUAUUUUAGUCUUCUAACUAGAAUGAGGCUCUGGCGACUUCAGCUAGAAGGAUUUCCUUUCAGAGUACUCUUUUAACACCUUCAUGCGUGUAAAGCAGCAAGUUAACUCUUUUUGUACUGCUGUUUCUCUAGCAAACAUCUGAGUUAUUUCCAUAAAAUAGCGGAAACCCUCGUUGUUAGAAGAGGGAAGGUGUUUUUCCAUAGCUACAUUCACUUAUGUCUCAAUACAUCUCUGAUUUUUGAUUUCAUUUUAAUACCGGCACCUGUAGGAGAUGCAAAUUAUCCAUUAUUACGCCAUCCACUCAACGCAUGAACUUUCGAGAGAGAUUUUAUGUCGAACGUAAAUUGUUCACAGCUGGUACGUACACUGGUCCAACUGAGUCACCGACCGUUGCGGCUACUCUCUGUUGCCAGUUUCAACGCGAUGCGCCAGUUUAGGAUGAAAAAGCUCGACUAACCACACACCCGUUUUCUGUGGAAUGCUCGGUGAUUGACUGAUACUCAACCGACGUGCUCGCCCUUGCUCACUAAUGCACUAUGCAAUACCAAUCGCAUAAGGCCGUCACGAGGCAUUCCUUGUCUUCCGGUAGACCCAUUCCAUGACAAGAAUUUGCAUGUAGAUCUGAAUCUCUGGUUAGAACGCACUAGAUCGUCGUAUUACUCCUCUACACUCACAUCAGGCCUCGCAAUUCAUGCCCAAAUAGUUUGUACUCGCCGUUGCUUGACGUUAAGAAAAGAUACAUAUACCGCCUGUCAGCCCCUGUUGUCGUCAUUAUUUCCGGUGAUUGACCCAUAUACGAGCCCUAACCUUUGUGCGAAUAAAGCUUUCACCCUGGGGCCCAAGAUUUUUCAUCUGCGGAACAAUAUCCACACGGGCCGCGCGGGUCAGCACCUAAAAUCGGCGCUCCGGCUCUUAGUUAUAAACCCACCAUUUUGUUACCCAACGCGCUACUUAGUUCUGUAUUUGCAGGCGCCAUUUUCUCGGCUUUGGCACUGUCUGUAUUUUUGUCCUACGUGCCCUCUUUUACUCGUUCAUGAUCAGUUAUCUUAGUAACCUGGAUGUAUUUUGGCUAGGAUAGUAACGUAAGUGACUCCGUACAUGUACCAGGCCCGUAGUUCUUGUUUAUGUUGCUGUUUGUAGACUGCAACUACGGAAGACACUUCUACCGCAGGACCUGGACGUCGCCAGUCUCCUGCACUCGGGUCGCCACCCACCCUCUGUACAAAGCCCCUCCUCCCUUUUCCCAAACUCCGUUCACUAUGCAUUUUAGAAAUCAUGCCCCACUGUGUGUUCGUACUUGUUCUUAUUAUCUCCAUCUUCACUACCAACAUUAACGUGCUGUUACUUUGCUACCUUCACACACCCUGUUUCAAUCUAUAUAUAUACAAAAGCAGGAAAACGUUAGUAGCAUAGAUUUGUUCUGUCUUUAACUCCUGGGUGUUAACUCGACUAACUGCCCGGCUGAUAUGGUCUUCGUGAGCGCAUACGCUCCUUGGGUGAAGCUGUGUUCAAGGGAGUGCUUGUGUUGUGCAUGCGAGUGAUCAGCGGUGUCAUUGAUCAGUCUUGCUCAUUGAGUUACGGUGGGCUAAGGUGCGAGCGGGGUCUUCCGAUGAUCCGUGGAGAAGUAAUUUGACGGAUUGACCCCUUCGACUGCUUAGGCGAUUGAGGGGGAAAAGUUGCCUUGGAGUUCGGGUCCUCGAGCACCGUGAAGGCUACUGGUGUUUUUUUUCCGGAAGUGUAUUUUCCGCAAGUGCUUCGGUCAAGUCUCAUCCGACUGUGUAUGUAAAGGGUUUCUGAUUAGUAAUGCGGCGACCACUGUUGGCUAGAAGAGUCCCACUCAAGUACCUGCGGGAGAGCUCAAAGCUUCUGUUAACCCUAUUUUAGGGCUAGCCAUGGAUCCGUCGUUUCUCACUCGGCAAGGUAGCUUGUUCUAAUUACCAUAAGAAUCAUGGUGGGCACAGUCGACGACAUUUAUCUGCACGCGACCAAGUUCACUUCUACGAGUUCGUUCUGCCUUUGUAGAACGCUGUCGAGCACAACAGUAGCAUAUGUGACAGUUCAGCCGUCGACUUUGACGAUGUCAACCAUGUGUUCCACAUCAGGUUGAGUCAGAAACGGUGACUUGCGCGUGAAUUAGUGGGCUUUCGCUGCAUCUACUGCACUCCUCCCCCAUCUACAUACGGUGUCAAGAAGACUGAAAGAGGGAGAGGGCGCGAAUGGCUGGCGUGGUGAAAACCUGCACUAGGCGUGCAGACACACCAGCAGGGGGGGGCGGCUCGGAUCCCACUGAUUGCGAGUGCCAUAGAGGCCACAUUAAGAGGGAGCCAUGGCGGCCUUACUCUGUCCCCCAGUUGGCCACUCCGCCCAAACACACACUGGGCUGACUGCGAGGUCCGAGUUAUCCCAUCAGUUGACAGUCUCCCAAGCCACGUGAUAAUGUCAGGCUCUGAUCACACAUGUAGCAGGGGAGCCACAUGGAGAAGGAGCCGAGGAACACACUUCCAACUUAUGUGAGAGGUGGUAGUAACGUGCUUGCGUUGUGUGAUGUUGGGUAUGAUCAUGUGUGAGGAGAGACGUGAUGGGAUGGUAUAGCCGACAGUGUUCUACCGCGCGUGUUGCUCAUGUGCGACCGAAAUGGGGACAAGUUGGGAUCGAGUCCAUCUAGCUGGAGGUGGGGCUGCUGAUGGUGGUUGUAGUAGAUGAUGGGACGCCGGAUGUUAUCCCAUCGAGGGGCGGGGUGAGAUGUGUCGUGCUGUUGGCAGAGCUGGUUGAGGCAGGGCGUUUGAUGGCGGCGGGGCAUCCGCAGCCAGAUCACCGAUUGUGGGGGUGGUCGUCGUCGCGGGCUUUGCGACAGGGGUGGUCAUGGAAGGAGAAAUUGACGUUACCCGGUUAUCGGUGCGUUGCUCCUGAAGGUAUUCUAAGAGGCCGGUUCGGGCGCGGACUGUUCGCGAGCAUGUUGGUAACGGCGGGCUGAUGGCUUUGAGACUUACGACUUGCGAGCUUCCCUUUUGGCUUUAGCGACGGCGAUCCGGUUUGCUUCGCAGAUGGCUACGCCGAUCUUCUCUUCUCCAGGCCGGUCUGUUCUGAGCGAGGUCCCCCCAGGUCUAUAGGCUGACAUGCAGUCGCUUCAGAGAAUUCUUCAAAGUGUCCUUGUAGCGUCGCUUUAGUGCUACAGGUCGACGAGCACCCGUGGCGACAUUUCUGUAGAAGAGUUUUUUCGGUAAGUGAGUGUCGUCCAUUUUCACCAGAUGGCCGCUCCAUAGUAGUUAUGCCGGAUCCAUAAAUCCGACGUGACCUCUCCAUCGCCACUAAGAUUCGCGUGCACCGUGCAUCUGUCCGGUCUGUCUUGAGAACCAUCCUUCGAGUGAAGUUCACCGACUUCGUCUCAAAUGGGACAGUCCGCGCUCCCUGCGACAACAUCGCAAGGAUAUCUCAGACCAUCCAAGAAGGACAACUGUGGUGGUUUGGAUAUGUUCUUCGUCGUAUACCUCAGGAGCUCAGUGUUACUGCCCUCGAUCCGGCACCGUUGCCCCAUUGGAGGCGUCGAAGAGGGGGCCAAUUCAAAACCUGGCUCGACACAGUUCGUCAAGACAUGGAGGUGGUUCUUCGACCUUCGGUAUUCGGUCUGCGUCGCUGGCAAAGGAGAUGGGUUGAGCUAUCCAAAUCUGCUGCCGCGGAUCGUCACUCAUGGAGAGGUACAGUUCGUGACAUCAUUGAGGCCGGCUAGAUCAAGCAUGAUCGCAGCCGUAUCAAGUACAAGUAAGUCCAUAGUAGUUGCAGUUACCUCGGCAUGGCGUGGAUGCUGCGAAUUCCGAUCUGUUCCAGGACUUCCGCAUCCGGGAUCCUGUCUUGCCACAUCGGCUUUACUAUUCUGCGAAGACAACUGAGAUGGAAGUGGUUGGGCUUUCUGGCAUGGCUUGGGUAGACGGUCCAGGUCUCCGCUCAGUACAGGAGCGUCGUCAAGACGACAGCAUUGUACAUCUUCAGUUUGGUAUUCACUUGGAGACCAUGACGAUUCCAUACGGAGGCUUGCAGCCGGCUGAAGGCCUGGUUGGCUUUGGAGAGCCGACGGACAACCCCAUCGCCUGUGUUGCGCGCGAGUGUGCUUCCUAGGCAGGCGAAGUUGUCUACGCUUUUUGAGUUGAUUGCCGUUAACAGUGAUCGGAGGAGUGUUGUAUUCAACGUUCGGUGACUAUGGAUGCUUGACUACCGUCCUGUCCCUGUUGAUUGUCAGACCGAAGUUGGCCCACCCGGUGGCGAAGUAGUCCAUCCGCCCUUGCAUGUCUAAUUCGCUCUUGGUGUUGAGCGUUCAGUCGUCGGUGAAGAGCAGGUCGUGUACUGUAGUCGUAGAUAGUCGCGUUGUUGUUGUUGAGAUAUCCGUCAGUUCUGUGGUGAUGCGUAUCUCAGGGCUCUCAUCACUGUAAGCGUCCAUCAGCAUGGCAGAGAAAAUGAGGCUGAAAAGGGUGGGAGCAAGACUGCGCCGUUGUCUGUGACAUGCGCCAUCAUACCGUCAUGGAGCUGACGUGCCAUAAACGUGAAUCGUUCAGGACAGUCGGAUUUCCGCGUGAUUUCCCACAGUUCCUCGUGAUUCACUGUGUCAAAGGCUUCCGUCAAGUCCACGAAAGUAGUGCAGAGAUGAGUCCACAUAUCCUGACACUUUUUUAUAGUUGGCGAGCGACAGCGACCAUGUCGGUGGUCCCGCGGGGCUGUCGGGAGCUGCAUUGCCUUUCCUGUAGUAGUCCUUGACUGGGGUGGCUGUUAAGACGACUGAGGAGAAGGCGAACGAAUAUCUUUCCGGCGAUGCUGAAUAGUGAGAUGCCUCUGUGAUGAUCACGGAGUUGCCGAUUCCCUUCGCGCUUGAAGAGAUGAACGAUGGUCGCGUCUUUGAAGUCCUGAGGGACUUUUCUCUGUCGCCACAUCUCCCAGAUUAGCACCGUGAGUUAGUCCACCAAUCACUGACCGCUGUGCUUGUAGCUUUCAGCUGGGAUCGCAUCGGAGCCUGGUGCUUUCCCGUUGGGGAGUGGUCGCACGGCUCAAAUGGUUUAUGGAAGGGAGGGUGAGGGGUCCGGGUCGCUGUUGAUUUCCACUUGGGAGAACUGAUCGAUAGCGUCGUCGGAGAUUUUAGAGAAGCGGUUGAUGACGCUUCCGAAAUGUUCGACCCAACGCCUCAGAAUCUGCAACCUCUCCGUCAGAAGCGUUAAUCCGUCAGAGCUGAAAAGCGGCGCGGUUCCUUUCGGUGGAAGGCCGUAGAUCACCUUGAUAAGAAGUUCUUCGUCUCAUUGCGAUCGGCAUACCCCUGUAUCUCCUCGGCUUCGCGGGCCAUCCAGGCAUCCUGCAUCUCUCGCAGCUGCUUCUGCGCAAUACGGCGACUUUGGUAGAAGACCGCUUUGUCUGCAGCGGUUGUACCGGACGAGUGAUUUCCGUAAAAAAACGAUCGGUGAGCGUCCCUCUACCAUUGUACAUUCCCGAUCGCAACCGACAAUACAAUGAGCCCGUGGCUCAUUGUUUAAAGGCUUUGGACUUCGAACUAACAGGCCGCGGGAUCGAGCUCCAGCCGUUCCACACUUCGGAAUUGGGUAUGACUGGCUGACGACGACUAAUAAGCCAGAAAUGGCCAUUCCAGUCUCCCUUGUCUUUGUCGGUAAUAGCAUUCUGUCUAUGCCGCCUGUUCUACCCGGCGAGCAGAUUGCUGAUGGCUGCGUUGUUCUCGUCACACCACUCCUAGUGCUGGCGAGGUGCGCGACCGAGGCCACCCAGGGCGGUCGAGUGGACGACGUCCUGCAGUUGGCGCCAUCGAGUCUCUGCUAUGGUGCUGACGUCCUGAGCUGA